AUGUCUUUACCAGGCUCACAACGUGUUACUGGCACAGAUGGAAGUGAUUUUCAACAUCGCGAAACUAUUGCUUCGCACUACCGUGUUAGUGCAGAAACGAAAUCACGUCUACGCAUUUUAAUCUAUCUCCAUUUUCUUCUUGCAAGUCUUGUUGUUUUUCAAGUUACAGCUUAUCAUAUACCUGGACUAACAAAAUUAGAUGUUCCACGGCCGCAUAUGUGGCAUUAUCUAUGGCUGAUUACAAUUAUUCCAUCGAUAUGUGGCCUGUUGGCUAUCAAUAAAAAUAAUAUUUUCCUAAUCAAAGUUUUCUUUCGUGGAACUGUUAUAUUUGGUCUUGGUACGACAAUGACAACAAUCAUCUUUAAUCUGAGCGAUUUAUUUACAUUUCAAAACUUGAAAUCAAAGAAGAAGUUGGACGAUGUGGAGCCACAAACAUUUCUCGGUUUUCCACUAUUAGUACUUUGGUAUAUUUUCCUGAUUAUAAUGGUGGAGAGUGAUGCCAAGAUUGAACCACCAAUCCAUACUGAAUAUUUACGUUCAGGUGGAGCAAUGAUCUUGAUUUUCAUUGUUGAUGGUGCUAAAGCUGUGAUUUCUUUUUGCAUACGAUCAGCAAUACCAGGAUACAUUGAAGNUUUUAAGACUUAUCUUGCUUAUAAAUGGAGACUGAGAAAACAACGUGAAGUUCAUAAAGUAAAUGAAUCAUACAUCCAGUUAAUAAACCAAGCAUUGCCAAUAGAAGUACAACAAGAAGCGGAAAAAGAAAGAUUAAGUCGAGAGAAAGGUACAUUUUCUGAAUCUUACGAUGAAUGUACCAAUCCAUCCACUUCCGAUGGAAAUUAUCCAUCGACUUCUUCGAUUCCCUCGACAAAUACUUCAAAUCCUCUACCUUCAGUACUUAUCAAUAAUUCACAAACACAAUCAAGUAACCAUUCAACAUCAUUACCUUGUACAGUAUCAAAACGUCCACAAAAGCUCCCUACUACGGAUGAGUUAACAUCUCCCAGUUCACUUGUACAGACGACGACAACGGCAACAACUAACACACGCAAUACGCGAAUUUCCAAUGGAAAUAAUAAUAAUAACGACGACGAUUCAUCAUCGACAUACAAACAACAAAAGAAAUCUUUAGUUAAACCUUCGAAUACACAAAAUACUCAAAAUCGAAGACAACAGAAGAAACAAGAAACAAGAGAACAAACUCGAGCUGCAUCGCGAGACUCAUCAUCAUCGUAUAAGAAUGGAUUUGCAUCAAUGGAAACUUCAGAUAAUGAAAAGAAUCUUCAGAUCAGUAAACUCGAAAGUGAUAUUCAACGACUGAAUCAAUCGAUCGAAAAGCAGAAAUCAGCCGAAUUGCAACUCCGUACCCAACUAAACGAUCUGAAAAAUGUCCGCAAAGAUCUCGAGGAUAUACGCACAGAAAAUGGUUCAUUGCAAACAAAAUACGAAGCGGCCAAUAGUCAAAAGAAUCGUGACAAACAACGUCUAGUUGAGCUUGAAAAGGCACUCAGUGACGAGAAACAGAAUAAACAACGACUAGAAACACAGAUCAAGACCGAAAGAGCAUUGACGAAGAAACUUCAAGAUGAUUUGACGAAACUGAGUUUGGCGCCACCCAGAAGUGAAUGUACAGAACAGUGUAUGAAACGACGACGUGAUCAAGAGAAUGAAACGCGAGAGGCACGUAAAUUACUCAAUGAUAAAGAUGAACGAAUUAAAUUGCUCGAUAAUGAAAUAAAGACGCUUUUGAAAUAUCGUGAAUCUCAAGCGGAUACCGAAGUGCUCUAUCAGCAUUUAUCACAACUGCAAGAACGCAACGCACAUUUACAGGAUAGUCUUAGUGCUGAAACACGAAUUAAACUCGAUCUUUUCUCUGCACUUGGUGAAGUGAAACGACAAUUAGAAAUUGCUAAUGGUGCCAUACGAGAAAAAGAACGUGAACUCAUCGCAGCACUUCAUUCCCAACAUCAAGUUAACAACUGUCUGUUUAACGGUCAUCCUCAAUCGUCUGGCCACUCGUCUCCAACCAAUCAGUUGAUUGAUACGAACAACAAUCCAACAACAAGUCCAUCAUCAGUGUUUUACUCUCCACCAACAACUAUCACACCACCACCAUUACCAUUACAAAAUGCAGCCUCCAGUCUCGAUCCAAAUGCUCAAGAUUUCUAUUUGUCUGCAAAUAAUGUCUAG